UCAUAGUAAUUAAGUAUGGGAAGAAGUUGCAAUCUUCUCUUUGCUCUUGCAGUUCUCAUUCUACUUCAUCACCAUACUUUACUUGCUACUGUUCCUAAUAUAAGCACUGACGAAGCUGCUCUUCUUGCACUUAGAUCACACAUUUCUUCUGAUCCUAACAUCAUCUUAGCAAGCAACUGGUCUUCUUCCACCCCGGUUUGCAGCUGGAUUGGAAUCACUUGCAGCUCUCGCUACCAUCGAGUCACUGCUUUAGACAUUUCUAGCAUGCAACUUCAUGGUACCAUUCCUCCACACCUUGGAAACCUCUCAUUUCUCGUCUCCCUCGAUAUCAGUAACAACACUUUCCAUGGAGAUUUGCCAGUAGAGUUGGCCCAUUUGCAGAGGUUGAAAUUGAUUAAUGUCAGAAGUAAUAACUUCACCGGAACCAUUCCAUCAUUUUUAAGUUUGUUACCAAACCUACACUUUGCGUACCUCUCGAGCAACCAAUUUUCGGGGAAAAUUCCAUCUUCUAUUUCCAAUCUGACAAAGCUGGAAUUGUUGACAAUACACACAAAUUUUCUCAAAGGGGAGAUCCCUAAAGAAAUCGGUGAUCUUCGUUACUUGAUUGUCCUAAACCUGCAAGAUAAUCAGCUUACUGGCUCUAUGCCACCAUCAAUCUUUAACAUUACUACAAUGCAAGUAAUUGCUCUUACAGACAACAAUCUGACUGGAAAUCUUCCAAAAACUUUAUGUGACCGUCUUCCAAACUUGGAAGGGCUUCACCUCUCAAGCAACUCUCUAGGUGGAAUUAUUCCACCAAACCUGGAGAAAUGCCGAAAACUUCAAAUAUUGUCUCUGUCUUACAAUGAGUUUACUGGAACUGUACCAAGAGCGCUAGCCAACUUAACAGCUCUUACAGAAUUAUAUCUUGGAUUACAACACUUGGAAGGAGAGAUACCAGCGGAGCUAGGUAAUCUUAAGAAACUACAGCUGCUGAUGUUAGACCAGAAUGAGUUUACUGGUUCUAUCCCUGAAAGCAUUUUCAAUAUAUCAGCAAUGCAGAUCCUUGAUUUUUCAAUAAACAAGCUUUCAGGUACUCUACCUUCGAAUUUAGGUCGUGGAAUGCCCAAUUUUGAAGAACUUUAUUGUGGAGGAAAUAGUCUAAGUGGUUUUAUAUCUGAUUCAAUCUCAAAUUCUUCAAGACUCAGAAUGGCUGAUCUCUCAGACAAUAGUUUCACAGGUGUAAUUCCCGAAUCACUAGGUAACUUAGAGUACCUUGAGGUUCUGAACUUGGAGCUGAAUAAUUUUAUCAGCGAUUCAUCAUUGAGCUUCCUUACAUCAUUAACAAACUGUAGGAAACUAAGAGCACUCCGGUUUAAUGAGAAUGCAUUGGAUGGGGCCUUAUCGGCAUCUGUUGGUAAUUUCUCAAACUCGCUGCAAAAUUUUCAAGGACAUGGCUGUAAGCUAAAGGGCGUCAUUCCUCGAGAAAUUGGUAAUCUUACAGGAGUGAUAUAUAUGAGUUUGUAUAAGAAUAAGUUGACUGGACAUAUUCCAAAUACUGUUGUCCAAGACAUGUUGAACCUCCAAGAAUUUUACCUACAAAGCAACAAGAUAGAAGGAACCAUACCAAAUGUUUUAUGCAGUUUAAUGAAUCUUGGUGCAUUAGACUUGACAGAAAAUCAUUUUUCUGGUUCAGUGCCCUCGUGCUUAGGGAAUGUUACGAGUUUGAGGUAUCUUAAUCUAGCUUUCAACAGGCUGAAUUCAUUACCUGCAAACUUGGGGAGCCUUCAAGAUCUAAUAGAAUUCAAUGUUUCAUCCAAUUUAUUAAGUGGCCAUAUUUCUCUGGAAUUCGGAAACUUUAAGUCUGCAACACUCAUUGAUUUGUCAAAAAAUGAUUUUUCUGAUAAAAUUCCUAGCACUUUAGGGGGUCUAGCUGAAUUGAUUAAUCUUUCUCUAGCACAUAAUAGAUUAGACGGGCCUAUUCCAGAUUCAUUUGGCAAAAUGUUGGCACUAGAAUUCUUGGAUUUGUGCUUUAACAAUCUUAGUGGUGAAAUUCCAAAGUCAUUAGAAGCUCUUGUGUAUCUCAAAUACCUAAAUAUCUCUUUCAAUGAACUCAGUGGAGAAAUUCCCAUUGGUGGUCCUUUUGCAAAUGUCACAAGUCAAUCUUUCUUGUCCAAUGAUGCACUUUGUGGUGACUCCCGAUUUAACGUAAAACCAUGCCUAAUCAAAUCUACAAAUAAGUCAAGAAGAAAAAGAGUGCUUACAGGUUUAUAUAUUCUAUUAGGGAUUGGAUCACUGUUCACGUUGGCUGUUGGAUUUAAGUGGAAUUUGAGUUGA